AUGAACGUGUCGGGGACAUUGAGCUUCUUCAGACUCUUCAGGGAUCCAUCCCUAUGCUUGCCUCACCAUACUGUCUCCACAUUCAACCAUCUGCCAAUUCCUUUAUCUCGUGCUUUUAAUAAAGCAGAUGGCGCGAAUAAGGUAGAUAUAAGGGCAGUCGUGCUUGAUAAGGACAACUGUUUUGCUGUACCAAAAGAGAACGAGGUGUACAAGCCUUACGCGGAACGCUUCGAAGAACUGCGCAAAGCAUACCCUGGCUCUCGUUUGCUGAUAGUGUCAAACUCUGCCGGCACUCUAUCAGAUCCUACUGGAGCAGAAGCAGACCUUCUGGAAAAGAACACUGGAGUCAAAGUACUCAGACAUAACACAAAGAAACCUGGCUGUCAUCCUGAUGUGCUAUCGUAUCUUCGAAAUGCUCCUGAUACAGGAGUCACACAUCCAUCGCAGGUUGCCAUCGUAGGAGACAGACUUUUCACUGAUGUAAUGAUGGCAAACAUGAUGGGCUCAUACGGUUUCUGGAUUCGAGACGGUGUGGUAGAAGAAAAAGGACUCUUUGUGAAACUCGAGAGAAGUCUUGCAGGCUUCCUUACUCGCCGUGGCUAUGCUCCGCCAUCCCCCCAGAACCAGUUUGAGUAA